UUACAGAGUACCAAGCUGGGUGUGAAGGCCCCUAGUGUCUUUUGGCUGUUUGAAGGAGUUGCCAGGUCUGGUAGAGAAGGCGAAAACAAAAAGGAAUGUCAAAUUGGGCUUUUAUUUAGAAUUGGCAAAUAAUAGUUUAACGCUAAAAGGCAAAAGAGAAAUCGUAUUCAACUUUUUCUUUGUCAUUGGUAUAUGGCUGUAAAAGGAACUUUGUCAUAUGAAACGUUUUAAAUAUUCAUAGAAAUAAUGAUUACUUUCACUUUAUCGUGAUAAAGAUAGGCGAUUUUUGUAUCCAUAUGAAUACCACUCGGGAAGUUUGACCGUCAUGCCGUGCACCUGACUCAUAACAAAAAUAAGAACUGCCAAAGAUACUAACUAGCGAUGGAGGUCACUUGUGACCGUGGAACCAAUGAUUGCAAAUCAGAUAUGGAGCUUGGCGAUCCUCCCAUACAAUGUUGCGAGUGGCAGGUGGAGGAUGUAAUAAAAUGGGCUAAAGAUUAUGAAAUGCAGCCCGCAGUUAUAAACUGCUUGACCCUUGAACGCAUUGAUGGCAGUGAUCUUUUAGAAUUAAAUGAAAACGAUAUUCGAGAUUUUCGUUAUCGGCUUCAAUACAACCUUAGGAUGAGUGAUAUGAAAAAACUGUGGGUAGCUGUACGGACUCUACAACAGAGUCAGUUGCAUUCACCCCUCCAGCACGCUUGUACAUGUACGCAUAUGAGCACAUCCAUAUCAGCGGAUGGAUCGCCCAUAAAUCCUCACAAAAUUCGUGUAGCUUCUGGUUGCUACAACGUAGGCGCAUGUAGUUGUACACUCGCUCAAACUGGUGGUAGUGGUGGGAAUUGUUAUUAUUCAGAUGUUUGUGUACCACCGCCAACGUUAAGUGGUAGUGCGGAAGGUGAUAACUUAUCUCCACCGAUGUCAGUUGAUGGGCGCGCUACCAACAUACCACCAGAGCUAUUUAAAACCGCUAUUAGCCUAGGUAAGUCACAACUCAAUGCACAUUUCAAUAUCCUAUAA